AAUUCAAUACUCCUUGGACCUCCCCAGUCCAUUAUGUCACCUCUCAAUGAUACCAUAUUCAAAUCUGCAAUGUUCCUUCUUACCGGGCUACCAGGUCAGGAAGACGUUCAUCUCUGGAUCUCUAUUCCCUUCUGCUUCAUGUAUGCUAUUUCUAUAGUAGGAAAUUCAGUCAUUCUGUUCAUUGUAAAAACAGAUUCAAGCCUCCAUGAGCCCAUGUACAUUUUCCUUUCCAUGUUGGCCGUUACAGACCUUGGCCUAUCGAUAGCCACCACACCGACAAUACUGGGCAUAUACUUGUUUAACUCUAGGGAGAUCAGCUUCAAUGCCUGUUUUGCCCAGCUGUUCUUCAUCCACUCACUUCAGUGCAUUGAAUCCUCCCUGCUUUUGUUGAUGGCCUUUGACCGCUUCAUCGCGAUCCGUGACCCGCUGAGAUAUGCUUCCAUCUUAACCCUGCCAAGAACAGCCAAGAUGGGACUGGUGUUUGUGCUAAGAGGGAUGGCUGUAAUACUCCCACUCCCCUUUCUCCUGAGACAUUUCCAAUACUGUCGAGCCAAUGUCCUCUCCCAUUCCUAUUGCCUGCACCAGGAGGUCAUGAAGAUGGCUUGUUCUGAUAUCAGAAUCAACAGCAUCUACGGUUUGUUUACUACACUCUUAACAAUGGGGUUGGACUCGCUGCUCAUCUUCCUCUCAUAUGUGAUGAUCAUCAAAACAGUAUUAAGUGUUGUUUCCCACACGGAGUGCCUCAGGGCCCUCAACACCUGCGUCUCCCACCUCUGUGCCGUCCUGCUCUUCUACACACCAGAGAUCGGCCUAUCUGUGAUACACAGAUUCGGGAAAGGCUCUUCUCCCAUACUUCAGAUUCUCCUGGGCUACAUCUCCCUGUUGGUCCCGCCCCUGAUGAACCUAAUCGUGUACAGCGUGAAAAGCAAACAUCUUCGUGUGAGGAUAAUCAGGGCCUUCAUUAAGUGA